GCCGCAACUCCUAACAUGCUGCUGGCUGCAAUGACAAAACACGGUAAAGAAAACUGCUUGAAAAACGUAAAAGUUGUCCAUAUGCAUACAGAAGGACCUGCCUUGUAUUGCAACAAAGACUGCGAGGGGAUAUUCAGAUGUAUAUCCUUGUUUAUGGCGGCGAAUGUUAGGAAAGCAGUUGCAGAAGGCCGCGCGGAUUCCUUGCCGAUAUUUUUGUCCGACAUACCAGCGUUGUUUAAGAGAGAGAUACUCAAACCAAAUGUGUCUUUGAUCCAUGUAUCGCCGCCUGAUAAUCACGGCUUUUGCAGUUUGGGCACGAGUGUUGAUUGCGUAAGGGCAGCCGUGCAGGCUUCCAAGUUUAUAAUUGCGCAAAUUAACGAAAAUAUGCCGAGGACUUUUGGGGACUCCAUAAUUCAUCAGAGCCACAUUGAUUGUGCGGUGCCUUGUAACGAUCCUUUGCCAGUACACGGCGGCGGUAAGCCCAGCGAAGUGGAGACCAAAAUUGGUGAGUUCAUCGCCAAUAACUUGGUAGACGAUGGUUCGACUUUGCAAAUGGGCAUAGGCAAUAUACCCGAUGCAGUUUUGGCUCGAUUGGGGAACCAUAAAAAUCUGGGGAUACACUCAGAAAUGUUUGCGGAUGGUAUAGUAAAGCUAGCCAAGUGCGGUGUGAUAACCAACACCAAAAAACCGUUCCACAAAGGGCGUACCGUCGGAAGCUUCCUGGUCGGUACCAAAGACUUAUACGACUUUGUGCACAACAAUCCAUCCGUGGAAAUGCUACGAGUCAACUACGUCAAUUCCACCAAAGUAAUAGCCACCAACCCUAAGAUGACAGCCAUCAACUCCGCCAUCGAAGUCGAUCUAACCGGUCAAGUAGUGGCCGAUUCGAUAGGAACCAGGAUGUACUCCGGAUUCGGCGGCCAAGUCGAUUUCAUAAGAGGCGCAUCCGAAGGCUUGGAUCGCAAAGGCAAGCCUAUAAUAGCCUUACCUGCAAUCACCAAGCGUAAGGAAUCCAAAAUCGUGCCUUUGAUCAAACCUGGUGCCGGAGUGGUGACCACGAGGGGACACGUGGAUUACGUGGUGACGGAAUUUGGAAUUGCGAAUUUGUUUGGAAAAACUUUGCUGCAGAGGGCUUUUGCCUUGAUUCAGAUUGCACACCCGGAUCAUAGGGAGAAACUGGAGAAGGCUGCAUUCGACAGGUUUAAGGCUAUGCCCCAUAAGUAG